CCAGUGUGUGAUCCUGUUGCCGGUUUAGUUCUUGCGUUCGGUCUGUCAUUUUGAACCACUUGCUACACCAAAGCCCUUUCCCGGCUGGCAAGCACCGAGGCUACUGAGAAUGGAGGACGUGAAGUUACAGUUCCCUUCUCUCCCGCUGUGCAAGGAAGAAGCUGAGGACUGGACCUAUCCAAUGAGAAGGGAAAUGCAGGAAAUUUUACCUGGCUUAUUUUUGGGUCCAUAUUCAGCAGCAAUGAAAAGCAAGCUCUCAGUACUUCAGAAAUGUGGGAUAACUCAUGUUAUCUGCAUCAGGCAAAACAUUGAAGCUAAUUUUAUUAAACCAAACUUUCAGCAGUUAUUUCGGUACUUAGUGCUCGACAUUGCAGAUAAUCCAGUUGAAAACAUAAUACGCUUUUUUCCAAUGUCAAAGGAAUUUAUUGAUGGAUGUUUACAAACUGGAGGAAAGGUUCUUAUCCAUGGCAAUGCAGGGAUCUCUAGAAGCGCUGCCUUAGUAAUUGCAUAUAUAAUGGAAACGUUUGGCAUAAAAUACAGGGAUGCCUUUACAUAUGUCCAGGAAAGAAGAUUCUGCAUUAAUCCCAAUGCUGGAUUUGUUCACCAGCUUCAGGAAUAUGAAGCCAUCUAUCUAGCAAAACUAACCAUCAAGAUGAUGUCUCCUCUGCAGCUGGGAAGGCCAUUAUGUAUACAGUCUGGUGCUACUGGAAGUCUCAAACGGACACUUGAUGAUGAAGAUGAACUUGGAAACAUGCAGGUGUCUGCUGCCCAUGAAGGAUAAUAGUUGUUUAGGCCUGCUGAGGAUGAAGCAGAAGCCCUGAACGGAUUCAAAAAGCAUGGAGCUCACCCCAUACACAUUUUGCCUAGCCGUGUUCCUGCCCUGGUGCUGCUUUUGGACAAUAAUGGGGCUUUGUAAUGGAUGCGUUAUUGGCACUGAUUGUUUUACUACGUUUUACACAACUGUUUUACUAAACCCCAAAAUAUUUUUCGGACUUGAGAAGAGGUAAUACUGCAAUAAUGCACUUUUUUCAUACUUGAAGUUUUUUUUUUUUCCCUUUAUUUGUAAGAUAACGUGGUUACAUGAAACACAAUGCAAAUGACAGGAGAAAGAGGACUGUUUCUAUAAAAAUACAAAAAAAAAAUAUUUAAUUUAUAAGAAACGUCUUUAGUAAUGAAUUGUUUCCUAAACUUUUGUGUUUUGUAAAUACAUUUUAUAGGUUUAGAAGUUCUGUAAUUUUUAACAAAUAUAAUUCUAUUCUAAGGCAUACUUGAUCAUUGAAGCAGAUUGUACACAAUAUUCCUAUAACCCUCCCAAAUAUCAGUCUUUUUUAUUAUGCAAUUUAUAUUGUGGCUUAGGCCUGAAGAUUUCUUGUUCCUUCAUAACAAAUUGAACUGUUGUUUUCCAAAUAAACAGACUGAAAAGAAAUUGUAUUUAAA